AUGGCCCACCUCGAGAUGUUCCCCUGCAUGGAUGAGAUCAAGGAGGAGGUUCAGAAGAUUCACCAAGUGAGGAUUGGUGAUGCAUCUGCGUCAAUUGCUCGCUCUGUUGCUGCAUCCGAUGAAGUGGAUAAGUUGUUCAACGUGGCAAUCACUUUCAACCGCAACGCAUGUGCACUCUUUCAAUCGAUGUCCGCCUUUUUCAGCCGCGACAAUGUUGCCCUGCCUGGUGUUUCCCUGUUCUUCAAGGUAAUUUCUCAAGUGGAAACGAACGACUCCUUGUUGAUUAUGGACUUCAUGGCCAAGCGCGGUGCAAAGGUGGAAUUUGGUCCCACCGCUGCUCCUCCAUCUGGUUGGAUGACCCACAAAGAAGGCUCCGACGUUGUUGUAGCUUUUGCGAAAACCCUCGCUGUCUUUAAGGUGCAAUACAAAAAGUUGAACGAUCACUACCUCCUUGCCCAAAAGAGCGGUGACGCACACGCCCAAUCUUUCAUCGGCUCCUGCAUGAAUGCUGUAAGCGAGAAGAUUCGUGUUGUAUCCCACCACCUCACGCAUCUCAAAUUGGUGGAAUCUGACAAGCAUGCUAUCAAGGAGUUCGAUCGCCGCCUGCCAUUUGAGCUCGAAGAUUAUGCCAUGGCUGCCGCUGUCGAACUUGCAAUCGGUACUGGAGUCCGUGCCAAGAUGUAUAAAACCGAGCAGUUCCAUUUCAACAAGCCAGCUGCAGACUCCAUGCGAUGCUGCUCUACUUUCAAUCAGUGUGGUUCCACAAUCUGUCUGAAGUUCGUCAUGGCUCAAAAUGAUGCCAUGCUAGAACAAGUGGUGUUUUCUGCAUUGUGA